AUGAUCUCGUACAAACACCUUGAAUUUCACCCGGAGAAGCCUACGGACAAUAACGAGAUUAACCAAAUAAUAGAGCUGGUCAAAGUGAAUUUGUCAGAACCAUAUUGCAUAUACACAUACCGCUAUUUCCUCAAUCAGUGUCCUCAACUUUGUUACAUAGCAUAUGACGAUGAGAAACCUAAGGGACAGAAUAUCAUUGCGGUUUCCAUCUCGAAAGCUGAAACUCAUCAAGGCGUAAGAGUUCGUGGCUACCUCGGAAUGAUAGCUGUUGAUCCGGCUUAUCGUGGCAAAGGCAUAGCAAAGACUCUUAUUGAUAAAUCUAUUGACGUGAUGAUUGAUUCGUACCACUGUGAUGAAAUUGUGCUAGAGACAGAGGUAGACAACCCACAGGCUCUCAAUUUGUAUGAGUCAUUUGGGUUCAUUAGGACUAGACGCCUUUUUAGGUACUACCUCAAUAAGAACGAUGCUUAUCGGUUGGUCUUACCAUUGACUGAGAAAUCAACCAUAAGAACAUACUUUUUAUAA